GGGGGUGUUGAGACGGGGAAUCCGAGGACAGCGCUCGGUGGGACGGCGCGAGGGUCCGUGUCUCCCGCCUCUCCGUCCGGGGCUUCUCCUAGCUAGCGGCGCUGCUCCACAGCGGUUAGCCGCUUCGGUUUUUGUUGUCGUUGGUGAUAUGACAUAUCGUCUGCCGUGUUGACAUACAUCUGCAGUCAUUAAAUGUUUCAAUUUGGAUAGUUUGCUAACGAUUCAGGUGUUUGUUAGCCAUGCUAAUGAGCUGUUUGCUAGCAGGCUGAACCGCUCCACAGAGUGCUGUUUUUUAUUAGUGAAACUCGAAAGCAGCUCAAUUUGCUUAUUGUAAUCGUUGCAUGUUGGCUUGUUUGCUAAUGUACUGCUCAAUGGACCUUUUCGCCAUGACGUCACACAAAGUACUACCGGGUGGCAAAAUUGCUUGGAGAGGAAUGGGAUCUCGGUUCUUUUCAAUAGGGAAAACUAAAUGGCAGCCAUCUCAGUUCAAAUGGAUUGGACGUCUAUUGCCGUCAAUGGCUGUCAACGAACUAAUUUAUGAAAUCCGUUUGAACCGUAGGAGUUGAGGGCUUUAAGUGGUAAUAUGACAAAAUUAAUGUCUGCUUUGUUUAAAAACAAUUUACUUUUAAAGCAACCCUAGUUCCUCAUUUGCAGCCAAUGAAUUAACAUCUGCAUUUGGCUCAACGUGUUUCUCAAGGUCAUUCGAGGCUUUCUGUAGCAGGAUGCUUGCCAACUGCUUCAGCUUAAGCUGUCCGGCAAGUGGAAGCAACUAAAAGCAAAUGUCACGUUAUUUCUGAAAUGGAGAUGAGCUCUGGGGUCGUUUGUCCCGUUAAAGAAUUUCAUAUAUAUACUGUAAUUUUCGGACGAUAAGGUGCACCUGAACGUAAGCCACCACCCUCCAAAUUUGACAUGAAAACGGCAUUUGUUCAUAGAUAAACUGCACUGGACGCAGCUGUAUUAUGGGAUAUUUACACCAACAGAUAUUAGCCAGUAAAACGUUGACAGCGGCAUCAUAAGUCUGUCAUAAGACCGAAUGAACCACCAUGAAGCUUUUGACCAAUUUGCUGCAAAGCUUCAUUGCUUCAAGAAGCUUCAUUUAGUCAUUACUGAUCCUAUGAGGGUGACAGUCAACCUCUGCUGCCACCUGCUGUCAUCACUGUUGUCAUCCAACAUGCCUCCUAGCAUGCAUUGCAGUGCUACAGAUGUAAACAACAAGCAAAAUUCAUGUUCUGUACUAAUUAUUUCUUCAGUUACUGUUCCAAUUGUUUCAUUAAUUGCUAGUUAUGGUAUUUGCUAACACUUUAUUUGACAGUGGCGCCAUAAUACUGUCAUAAGACCAUCAUGAUUAUGAUAUGACACUGCAAUGUGCAUUAAUAAAUGCUUAUGACAGAUGUCAUUUUGUGUCAUCCGGCAAAUUAUCAUAGUUUUGAAUGGAUCUAAAAGAUCCGAGCUGGACAUAAAUGGAGUUAUUGACAUAGUUACACACAAUACACUUAAAGGGGAAAUUAGGAAUUUUUGAUAUUAGGUUUAAUCCUCGAGUUAGCGAGGCUUUAAUUUGCCGCUGGAGUUGAUUUCAACAAAUUCCAUGCAGUUUAUCGGUUGUUUAAUUUCAGGAGUCUGGAGUGGCUAAGCUAGCACAAGUCAAUGGUGCCUGCUUAGCAUGCCAAUAAAAAACAUUAACUGAUCCAGCAUAGUCAAAUAAAUUCAAGAAGCAGGUCAUUGUUAUAAAUACGCAUGCGGCCAAAACAAUGUUACACCAAAUUGCCGUAGUUCAUUUCAUUCUGCAGGACUAUUUUUUUUUCUUCUAGAUGUGUACUGCAACUACAAUAGAAAGGAGUGCUUAGGCCACCCAUGCUCAGUCUGCUGGGGAGUUCCUUCCGUUACCACAAAAAAAAAAAAAAAAAAAAAAACUGAAAAAAACAAUGUGCAAUCCCACCGCCCUGAUUGCCGAGACAGCCUGAUCCUUGCAGAGCUGCUGGAUUACAAAUGUUGCUGUUCAUACUACAAUUAUUGACAUUGAAGGGAAUAGCUACCUUUCUCGCACACACCGUAUGACUGUUUGCAUGACUCUAACACACUUAAUAUAAUUAAUCAGGGAAUAGUACCGUUUCUCAUAUGUACUGUAGGAUUGUUUGUACUACUCUAACAUACCUAAAAUAAAUAGCACACCAUAGUUUAAUGAAAAGAAGCAGAAUAGAUACACAACGCCAUCUUAUCACAGAAGCCCAACGUGUGGGUCACGAGCAAGAUUGAAGCACCAACUCUUGCAAUCAGUUCUCCCGGCCACUCCAAGAACAAAGAGCAGGGCGCUCUGUCCUAAAACAAGUAGCGUCUCGCCCAGCCCGGAUAACAAGUUGAUAGCGGGCGCUUGGGACGUCAAGACCGGCGUUGGUCGCUGUGGCAACCACGUCCCAGCCACGAAGGAGGAUGCACGAACCUAACCGCCCAAAACCGACCACAGAGGGAUGAUCCGAAAACAAUAACAAACGUUAUUCACUGCUCGGAAACUUUUCUAUGUAGUCUUGUUUUGGAUCCAGAAUUGUCCCUCCGUCGUCUGUUUUUGGCUUGUUUUUGACCAUUGUUGACGAAUAAAUUGUCAACCUGUUUUCGGUGAGCCUUCUUCAAACUUUUGGAGCAUGGAGUCAGUACAAAGGGUUAACACAGGAAGGGAACGCGCGGAAUGUCAGCCUUCCCGGUUGACUCGCGGAAGCGGUAAGCAGCGGAGCACCAUUUCCGUUCGGCUGUCGCCGUUUCCGUGCGGCUUGGCCGGGGUGGCGAAUUCCUUCAACAUGCAAUGGUGAACUCCUGGAGCGGUUCCAUCGAGAUCGGGGUGACCACGCUGGACCCCGCCCUGUUGAACUUCCCCAGCAGCGCCACGGGCCUGAAGGGCGGCUCCUGGAUCGUGUCGGGCUGCUCCGUCUUGCGAGACGGCCGCUCGGUGCUGGAGGAGUACGGUCGCGACCUGGACCAGUUGGCCGAAGGCGACCGAGUGGGCAUUCAGCGCAGCUCCCGUGGAGAGCUCCACCUAUGGGUUAACGGCCAGGACUGCGGCGCGGCCGCCAGCGGCUUGCCCCCCAGACUGUGGGCUGUGGUGGACUUGUACGGCAAGUGCACGCAGGUGACGGUGGUGAGCUGCGAGCCCCCGCUCCCCUCUGCCGAACGAGAGAACGUCAUUCCUGUCGAAGAAGAGGAGGAUGCGGUGGUCUGCGGGGCGCCGGAGGAUGCGGGCAUCGCAGCACUGAUGAAUGUGGCGGCAAUGAAUGGAGUCAUGAUUGGAGACGAAGUGCCUGAGCUUAGUUGCGGUCACAGCAGACCAGACAAGUUCCCCAACAAUCUGGAGCCAGACGCAGUUCUAACAGAGCACCAGCUCUUUGACGUGUUCAACAACGCGAUAGUGUCUUUUUACCGAGCAGAAGAUGAGGGUGGAGGGGAAGAAGGUGGCGGAGGAGGCACGGGAGGAAGCGGCGCCACAGGAAGCGGCGGCGAUUCCUCGUCCAGAAAUGACACAAAAAGCAGCGGAGGAGGAGGAGCGGCCAACUCCGACAACGGGUUGGGAGCGGGGGACGGCGGGAACACCAACAGCAGCCCCGCGGGCACCGGAGGCGGAUCGGGAGGGGGCUCGUCCGGGUCGGGCAACUUGACCACCAAUGACGCCUUGCUGUUCCAUGAGAAGUGCGGCAUGUUGAUCAAACUGAGCAAUAACAACAAAACGGCGGAGAGGAGGCGACCGUUGGACGAGUUUAACAACGGCGUGGUCAUGACCAACCGGCCGCUACGACACAACGAGAUGUUUGAGAUCCGCAUAGAUAAGCUGGUGGACAAGUGGUCCGGUUCCAUCGAGAUCGGCGUGACCACGCACAUCCCGAACAUCCUAGACUACCCGGCAACCAUGACAAAUCUGCGUUCAGGUACAAUCAUGAUGAGUGGCUGUGGUAUUCUGACCAAUGGGAAAGGCACCAGACGGGAGUACUGUGAGUUUAGCCUGGAUGAACUACAGGAAGGAGACCACAUAGGACUGAUGCGCAAAGCUAGCGGUGCACUUCAUUUCUACAUCAACGGUAUCGACCAAGGCGUGGCGGCAGCACAAACCCCGGGCGUGGUGUACGGCGUAGUUGAUCUGUACGGCAUGGCGGUAAAGGUCACCAUUGUCCACAACCACAAUCACAGCGAGCGCCUCCGCCGCAACAACGCCAUCAUGAGGGCCAUGUCGCCCGAUGUCGGGAGGCCGCGACCCACUUUAACCCCGGACGCAGACGCGGCCGAGCGGCUGCUCUUCCACGCCAACUGCGGUCAGAAAGCCGCUAUCAUCGGCCACGGCAGAACGGCGCUGAGGCCACACGCCACGGAUGACUUCAACCACGGCGUGGUCCUCAGCAGCAGACCGCUGCGUUCUAAUGAAGUGUUCCAGGUUCGCAUUGACAAGAUGGUGGACAAAUGGGCGGGCUCCAUCGAAAUCGGCGUCACUACACAUAACCCCGCCUACCUGCAGCUGCCUUCCACCAUGACCAACUUGCGCUCAGGGACAUGGAUGAUGACAGGAAAUGGUGUGAUGCACAACGGAACCACAAUUCUGGAUGAAUAUGGACACAACUUGGACCGCCUCAAAGCAGGCGACACCGUCGGCGUGGUGCGCAAAGAAGACGGCAGCCUCCAUUUCUUUGUGAACGGCGUGGCUCAGGGCCCCGCGGCUUGGAACGUACCCCCCAACGUCUAUGCUGUGGUGGACCUCUACGGCCAGGCGGCUCAGGCCACCAUCAUGGAUGACAUGGUGGACCUCCCCCCACUCCCGGAGGACAGCUCAGAGGGACCCACGGCGUUGUCCCCGGGGAGCCCCAGCUCUGUUUCGGGAGCCGGCGCUACCAACGACUUGCGUUUCCACCACCUGCACGGCACCAACGCCGCCAUCAUCAACGGGGGGCGGACCGCACUGCGGCAGAACUGCCGUUGCGAGUUCAAUGACGCUAUCGUCAUUUCCAAUAGGUCCCUUCGAGAUGGAGAACUCUUCGAAAUCGUCAUUGAGAUGAUGGUGGAUCGCUGGUCGGGGUCAAUCGAAGCAGGGGUGACCGCAAUCAGGCCAGAGGAGCUCGAGUUUCCCAACACGAUGACAGACAUUGACUACGACACGUGGAUGCUCAGCGGCACGGCGAUCAUGCAGGACGGUAACACCAUGCGCAACAACUACGGCUGUGACCUAGACUCGCUGACGUCAGGCUCGCGCAUCGGCAUGAUGCGCUCGGCCGUCGGUGACCUUCAUUAUUACAUCAACGGGGUGGACCAGGGUGUUGCCUGCUCCGGUCUGCCACCGGAAGUGUUUGCUGUCAUUGAUCUGUAUGGUCAGUGUGUUCGGGUGACCAUCACCAGCUCCUCUGGCCCACUGGACAAUAGUUUGUGCACCAGUAACGUCACAGAAAAGAGCUUCCCUAUCCACUCUCCAGGUGGGAAAGAACAUACAGUGUAUCACAAAAUUGCAGGAGUUGCCCACCGUCUCCAUGGCAAACACGGUAAAAAUGUUGUUCUGCUGGGCGAAGGGUGUCAGGCCGUCCGAGAGGAGGGUUAUGGUCACGGCAUCGUUUUCAGCGCCAAGGAACUCAAAGUGGAUGAGCUGUUUGAGGUUAGGAUCGAUGGGGCGGACGAUCAUUGGUGCGGCUCGCUGCACGUAGGCCUGACCACGUUACCGCCCCCCGAGCUGCCGUCGUGCCCGCUCUCCGGCUUCUCGCCCUCCCUCCCGCAGCUCCGCACCAAAGUCACCUGGCUUCUCUGUGGCUCUGAGGUCCGACGGAACGGAGUCCUGCAGCGGCAGAACUACGGGUGCUCAUUGGACAGGCUGACGGUUGGUAACCGGGUGGGUGUGAAGAGGUGCAGCGAUGACACCAUGCACAUCUUCAUCGACGGCGAGGACAUGGGACCUGCGGCCACAGCGGUAGCCAAGAACGUGUACGCGGUCUUGGACCUGUACGGGCAGAUUACGGCAGUGUCUAUCGUCAGCUCCUCUCUGACCGAUGACGUCGAGGGCGUCAAGGCACCUUCGCUCUCCUCAGGAAGCUGCAGUGAAGGAGAGGAAGACAGCACGCCUAUCAGAGAGACUGCAACUGAGCCGUGUGCACUGGUUCCCACCGCCAUGUCUUUCCUGGAAAACCACGGGAAGAACAUCCAGCUGUCAAACCAGAAGCUGACAGCGGCCAGAGUGUCGAGCUACAACCAGGGCCUGCUGGUCACCGCUCAGCCGCUGAGCCAGCAGCAGCUCUUCCAGUUUCAGAUCGACCGCCUCAAUCCAUCAUGGACGUCGUCGCUGUCGCUAGGGGUGAUCGGACACUCCCCGGACCGGCUCAACUUCCCUUCCACGGCGUGCUGCCUGAAACGUUCCGCCUGGCUGCUGCAGAGGGACUCCAUCUUUCACAACUCGCUGAAAAUAUGCGAGAACUACGGUCCCAAUUUGGACACAUGUCCUGAGGGGACAGUGUUGGGUCUGCUGGUGGACGCCAACAGUUGUCUCCACCUAUAUGUCAAUGGUAUGGACCAGGGGGUGGCAGCGCAGGACAUUCCCUCCCCCUGUUACCCUUUCAUUGACUUGUAUGGCCAAUGUGAGCAGGUUACGAUAGUAACAAAUAACGUGCAAGCUGUGGGAGGAGAAGGUGGCGACGCCCGAUGUCAGGGAGACAUGGAGAAGGCGGACAUGGUUGACGGCAUUAAAGAGAGCGUCUGCUGGACCCCCCCUUCCGACGUCAACCCCAACAAGUGCUGCGAGUACCAAGCCUUGUGCUCCCGCUUCAAGGACUUGCUCACUCUGCCAGACGGGUACUUCAGUGAAGAUGCCAAGUACAACCUGUGCUACUGCGAGUCCUGCCACAAGCUACGGGGGGACGAGGCUUAUUACAAGAGAGGAGAGCCGCCCCGGGACUACGCUCUGCCUUUCGGAUGGUGCUGCUUUGCCCUCAGUCUUGCCAGGAUCAAGCCCCACUGCGAGGUUUCUAACGCACUAAAGAAGUGGCACAUCGCAUACCACGGCACCAGCGUGGGGACCUUGCGCCGCACACUGGACCACAGCCAGCUCCUCCCAGGUACGUCAUCCAUCUUCUCGGUGGCUCCGGUGAAGGCGGAGGGUCCAGAUAGCUACGGCGAUCCGGAGGAGAACAGCGUCCCUGGUAGAGAGGUACCUCGUGUGAGACUCUCACCUACCAUGCGCUACUCUGGUUUGGAAAUAUUUGCUCCUAAAGUGCAAUUUAGGGACCCCCGCUCUCACCGCUGCCACCAGGCCCAGGUAGGCUUCCAGGUGUGCGUGCGGCCAGGCUCCUACAAAGUGGGGCCGCAGCAGGCGCCGGGCCACAGCGAGACCCUGGACCCUCGCUUUAGCAACUCGGAGAUGGAGUGGAUCACGAAAGAGCAGGGUGGCACUCUCCUCUACGGCCUGCUGGUGCGGGUCGAGUGAGCCGAUCGCUCUAUUUCUUUUAAACUCGGUACCAAAUCCAAGCCCUGCCUUUGAGCAAAAGACUCUUCCGGGAUCCGGUCCAUCCCAACGAUUGUUGACAUUUGCGAUUUUGGCGGUUUCAAAGAAGAACAGACACUGCCUGCACUUUAUGUUUUGCCACAUACAAACAAAUAACUGGACUUGAUAGCAACAUGACACAUUUUGAUUUCUUACACACCCCGCGCUUUUAUUUCAGGGUGGUCGGACCUCGAACCUGCGGAAUUCUUUUCACGUUCAAAAAGAAAAAACUUGAAUUUUAACCAGAGACUUGUACAACAGGAUUGUUUACACGGUAUGCUACGGUCCUACUCGUAAUUACGAGCCUUCCCGAGUGUCCGUUUCUUUUUGGUGUGUUAACACCAAUCAGGAAAAAGGACAAAUGGGGACCCAGCACAAAUUGAGGCCACCCUAAAGGUUUCUAAUUGCCGAUAAUGAAUACGGUGGUACCCUGACUUGCGAGUUGAAGUGGCUACUACUAAUUUCUCGAUCAAAAUGGAAAUAUUCUCUUCUAGCCCCUCUAAAACUGUUUCUAGUUUUUGUAUUUUUUAGGGGAUUGUACAGUAUUAACUGCAAGAAACUUGAAUGUAAAAGACCGUUCACUUUCUAUUCGAGGCCAGGAAAAUAAAUUGGCUCUAGGGGGCGCUUGUAAGUCAAGGUAGCACUGUGUAGGAUCAGUCAUGUACUGUAUUUUUCGGACUGGAAUACAAAUCUCGGCCCGGCUAAAUUAUUUAAAAGUGUGAAUUAUAGUCUGAAAAAUACGGUACUCUUAAACUGGCAACCAUGUUUACUACUACUACUCUUUUUUUUUUUUUUAUUCAUCUCCACAAGUGUUCACGGUUUAUUUUUUCUUUACGUUUGCGUUGUCAAUCCCAGUUGAGUCGACCCGCUCAGUUUCUCCAGGCACAAACUCCAAAUGGAUUCAAGGUCAAUAACCUUCUACGAGCAGCUGAUCCGAAGGGGGUUGCUCAACGUAAGGAAAAAAAAACUUCCAAUCAAAAAUGUGAAAAAAAAUAUUUUAUGGGUAAUUUAUGGCCCAGUGCUGCUUUCUAAUUUUUUUUUUCCUGUAUGUUGCGUUGUAUAUAAAUAUCUUCCCGAUUUAUAUAAAUAUAUUAAAGAAAAAAUGACCGUA